UUACGAAAUAAAGCAAGCAAAAACAAUAAUGGUAAAAAUAGUGCAAACUCAUUACUUUUUUCGAGAAGUACAGCAGUUACAAACCGAUAAUCAAGUAGCAAAAAAGAGUCCUCUUUAUAGAUUAAUGCCAUAUCUUGACGAAGAGGGUAUAAUUCACGUAGGUGGGAGAUUGAAAUAUGCAGCAUCCAUAAGCACUUUUAGGCGCCAUCCUGCAGUGUUACCAGCUAAAAGUAUCUUUACUCAAAAUUUAAUACGUGAAGAGCAUGAAGAUUUGAUGCAUGGUGGUCCUCAAGCGGUUUUAGCGUCAAUACGUGAAAGGUAUUGGCCUAUAAAUGGACGAAAUGUCACACGAAAUGUGGUGCGUAAAUGCGUCAUUUGUUUUAAACAACGCCCAGCCAUCGUACAGCCUAUAAUGGGUGAUCUACCGAAAGACAGAGUUGAACCAAAUCGCGCUUUUCUCAAAUGUGGUAUCGACUAUGCCGGUCCUUUUUUAUUAAAAUCGGGUCUACGAAAAAACUCUCCAAUAAUAAAGGCUUAUGUUUGUUUAUUCAUUUGUUUCUCCACGCGUGCUGUACAUUUGGAACUAAUGAGCGAUUUAAGUACUGACGCUUUUCUACGCGCGCUUAAUCGUUUUUUUGAUCGACGAGGUAGAAGUCUAGUUUUGUAUUCUGAUAAUGCAACAAAUUUUGUAGGCGCAAAUCGUCAACUAAAAGAAUUAUACGAACUAUUACAAGGAGAUGAUCAUCAAAUUAAAACUACGGAAAUAUUAUCAACCCUAGGUGUCGAGUGGAGAUUUAUACCACCGCGUUCGCCCCAUUUUGGGGGUUUAUGGGAGGCCGGAAUAAAAUCGAUGAAGUAUUUGUUGCGUCGCGUACUGGGUGAUGCUCACCUUACGUAUGAAGAGUUAUUAACGAUACUUACACGUGCCGAAGCCUGUUUAAAUAGUCGUCCCUUAACUCCUAUUUCGUCAGAUCCAAAUGAUUUGAAUCCUUUAGCUCCUAGCCACUUUCUCAUAGGAGAUUCUCUAAACGCUAUACCAGAAAUCGACGAGACAUCUGUACCAGUCAACCGUCUAAAAAGAUGGCGCCGAGUAUCCCAAUACUCUCAACACCUAUGGAAACGAUGGAGUAGUGAAUACUUAUCACAACUACAAGAAAGAAGCAAGUGGGCAAGAACAAACGGUCCAAAAUUGAAGGUUGGGUCUGUAGUGUUGUUGAAAGACGAAAAUCUCCCUCCUUUACGAUGGCGUAUGGGACGUGUUUCGAAAGUAACGAGAGAAAAGGAUGAUGUGGUUCGUGUUGCAGAAGUCCAAACGGCGGGCGGUACAGUUUCCCGAGCUGUACGCAAGUUAUGUCCAUUGCCUUUCGAGGAAAAUUCCGAAGAAUAAAAUAGAUGAAGUGAAAAAUAACUACCUACUGAUUUAUCCAUUCUUAUUUGUAUCGUAAUUAUUAUAUUAUUUGUAUUGUUUUAUUUUUAUUUUUUUUGAAACAAGGUUUCAAGGCGGGAGGCAUGUUCGUUGUCGGCGACGCAAUUUAUUAUUUGUGUAUAUUUUCUAAAUGUGUUGGCAACACUGUCUCUGUAUAUAUAAUCAUCAUGUUUUGGUUUUAUAUUUUUUUUUUUUUUUAUAACAUUAUACAGUGGUCGCCGCUUAUUGGACUCACGGUUAAUUGACUCAUUCGCAUAUUAGACUCAAAACGGUUGGUCCCGAUUCGCACGGUUAG